UAAUCCAAUUAACACAUUCCGUGGCUUGCAUUUGCAGUGAGAGUGAAGCAAACAAGAGUAGUUCGUGGGUCUGGAACGCCGCAAUCGCAAUACUUCGAUCGGGAAGGCUGCCAAAACAGAAGCCUGGAAAUGGAUGCUGAAAGUUUAAGAUGCUUGCUGAGCGGUGACUACGGGCUGGUGGAGGAUGCACUGAACAAAUUCAACAAACAGAACUCCCAGGUGUUCAACUUCACGCACUUCACCAGCACCGGCCAGUGGAUGCUGAUCUGGAAUAAGUUGUUCGCGUACCUGGCUGACCCGAGCAUGCCGCAUCGAGUCGGGUGUCUGAUGGCCAUCAAAGUGCUGAGCCGAGACAAGACGUACCUAAACGAGUCGGUCGCGGGCGAGCAAUUGGAUGCGUUGCUACGGUUGGCCGGUAUUGGACCGGUUGGCGAGCGGUGUGACGCCACGGAAGAAGUACAGGUGGAGGCUCUAAAGUGUCUGAGCAAUAUGAUAUUCCAGAGCAUCAAAUGCCAGGAGAUGUGUUUCGGGAACGCCUCCACCGAGGGCAUCAUUCGGCGGGUGAAGAUGUACAAGGAGGUCGCAUACGGCUACGACAUCAAAUAUUUCGACAUGAAGCUGCUGUUUCUGCUGACCGCGAUCAAUUGUGAUAUUCGGGCCAAAGUGCGCGAUCAGCUGCACGGACUUGUGUACCUCGUUGAAACGCUCGAUCUAUUCAUGGGUCAGGCGGCAACGUUUAAAGAAUUCAGCGACAAAGAUUUAGAUUUGAUCAACGAGGUGUUGAAGGUGCUGUUCAAUCUGACCGUGCGGACAGGCGACGGUCUGGUGCCGGAAGAGGAGGAAGCGAAUCAGUUUCACCGCUUGGUGACGGUUCUGCACGAUCUGUUCUUCUACCGUACGCUGAACCGCGAUCGCAUUGUGUCCUUGCGCUCCAACAUCGUGAACCUGCUGACGAGCGUCCCGGUAAGCUGUUACCUCGAGCUGGUAACGCCACUGCAAACCAAAGAGGACACGGACCUGAUGCAGGACGAUGCCGACGAGACCUCCGUCACCCCCCCAACCGUACCGUUCGAGGGAAAGAACGUUUACGUGCUGCAGGUGUUGGUGGAAUUUCUGCGUCGCAACUUUCAACGUGCGGAGAAAAAGUCGGAUCAAUACGAGAUGCUGUCGCCAGUGCUUACCGUUCUGAUCAAGGCAAUCCGUGCCGAUCCGGUGCAUAGGCGUUACGUCCGCUCGGUAAUACUGCCACCGUUGCGUGAAGUACACGAUCGGCCCGAAAUAGGCAAGGAGCUUCGAAACUAUCUCUGCGCGCUGUUAACCAGUCCUUGCACGCAGAUUGCCGACCUAUCGGCAGAACUACUGUUUGUGCUGUGCAAGGAAAACGUUGGCCGAAUGAUCAAGUACACCGGGUAUGGCAAUGCGGCCGGUUUGUUUGCAAACCGGGGGCUGCUCGGUGGCCGAUCGGUGAAGGUAUCCGAACAGUAUUCGUCCGACAGCGAGGACAGCGACACGGAAGAGUAUAAGCAGCUGCAGCACGGCAUAAACCCUGUGAUCGGUUGCUACGAGCCAGCGAAACCGAACCCUCUCGAGGGUAUGUCCGAUGAGCAGAAAGAGUACGAGGCGAUUCAACUGGUGAAGUUGAUGGACAAAUUGCAGCGCCAGGGGCUUAUUCAACCGUGCAAAAUCGGGGAUGAUGGGCGGCCGCACGCCGUGGACCACAUAAUGGAACUGCAGGAGGAAAUUCCCGAGCAGCAGCGCGACUACAAGCGAAAGACAUAGAACGGUUUGCAUUGGUUAACAAGUUUUUUUUGGAACGAGGUCGCUUCUUUGGUCGCUCAACGUGACCGAUCGUUGUUGCGGUUUCACUCAUAGUAUUAGAAGAAUUAAUCCCAUAGCACUCGUAUUUAGUGUGGUCGUCAUCUGCUCAUCCUAAAAGUAAUUCGAGAUGUCGUCACACUUUACCGUUGCCACGUUCGGACAUCAAUCUAUGGCCAAAAACUGUGGUUCGAUACUAAAUUUUAACGUUAUUAUGGAGGAACGGGUGAAUGUCCCAAUUAUCGCUAGCACUACAUAUGGAUAAUAUAUUUUAAACGGAGGGAACAGAGCGUUAUUCAAAGAGUUAACACAAUCUCCUUCCAUAGCAGUCUAUGCGAUUUGUUUCGUUCUCCGUAACACAGCGGUCGCAGAACCCGAAAUCCCGUAUGUGUUACAUGUUUACAGAUUGAGUUCACUUCGUGGUGUCUCUUUUCUUAGUUGCCCCUUAACUAAUAAGCAUAUUAAUCCCUCAUUCAGCUACAACUAUUCUCUCUUUGUCCUCCACUCUACUUGGAUGUCGUGUGUAGUCCCUAUGGGGUUUCUUUUGCAAGUUUAUCAUGAAACGAUGAUCUCCAGCCAAUAAAUGAGCCAAUUCCAACUGCUACACAAUUGUUUUCCAUUCGUCCGCCGAUUCUUCUGAGUUCCAAAUAUUUCAUGUAAAGAGAUCACGUGUUUUGUUUUCGUGUUUAUUUUGUAAGUUACGGCAAUAAUUUUUUACAUACGCUUGUUGUUCACAUGUUUAUAGCCUGUUCAGAGGCCCACUCGUUUCACGCUAACAUACGUGUCGCUUCGCCUCCAGUUACAGACGAUAAGAGACGUUGGCGCAAUCACUGAAUGUACUGUGGCGGUGUUGGCUUUUCGAACUCAUCCAAUUCGGCAUCGUAGUACUGAGCAGCACGGUACGGUCUCAG